AAUAUAUUUAAAAAUAAAUUAUUAUGGUGUGAUUGAAGUGCAUAUAGGGAAAAUGUAUACUUGCAUUAACUGUGGUGUUUACAUCGACGAACUCUAUCGCCGGUAUAGUCAAAACGUACUCAAAGUUGUGACAUGUGUAAGUUUCUUUUAGGAUAAAUGUGGCAAUUUGGCAGAUAAGUAUAUCGAGUAUGAUCCAGUGAUUGUAUUGGUAGAUCUUGUACUUCUAGAAAAAUCGGCCUACCGUCAUCUUCUUUAUAAUAGUAAUUUUAAGUCUUAUUGGAAGCUUAUAAUCGUGUUAAUACUUGGCGAAUCCUUUCGUAAAUGGAUGAAGUAUAUAGGCGAGCCCAAAACUUCGUCCGUUAGUCUCAGUAGUUCAACGUUUUCUUUGAAGUAUCUUACCAGAACAAAUCAAGUUUUAAUUUUUCAAGGCGAGCGAAACUUCUAUUUCUUACUUGUACACACUACUUUAUCAUUUGUUGUUUUUGUUCUUGCUGUUUUUAUCAUUACGGAAUUAAGGUUAUUGAUACUAGGUACGCGGCCAUAUGGAUAUAAAACUUUAAAUCUUUUGCGUGCCCUUGUUCUCGGUAGUUCUGCCAAGUUACUAGGACUAUUCAGUAUCGUUUGGCAGAAUAUAAUUCCAGGACCAUAUCAAAUGUUGAUUUAUGGUUAUACUGCACUCUGCCUCCUUACAGCUUAUUCAGUUGUCUCUGGAAGUGGAAGAACUGGGUCAUUAAUUGGACUUGCUGGUGGAUUUUUAGCUCACAAUUACGUUUAUGACAUAAUACCUAAAUUAUAUGUAUUGAUAAUUAAUACACUAUUUUAAAGAU